CAUUCAUCGACAGUACUCGCAACCAAUCUCACGCUCAAGGAAAACACCACCACUCGCGCUCAAUUCGCUUUACUUCAACGCAGCCAUCAUAUUGAAACUUCCAUAGGAUAUGGAGCCCACAUCAGGAACAGGAGGGAGCGCAUCGGGAACAACACCGUCAGGAGUCUCAUCCCAUAGCACAACCGCCAGUUCAUCACAAUCUGCCACAGGAUCUCAUUCUACCGGUGCAACACAAUCCCCGAGCGCACCUGCUGCGAUCAGUCGCUCAGAGCAGAAGAAGGCCAAGGCUGUCAACGAUGCCAUUGACAAGUCGCUCCGCGCAGAUAAGGAGCGCCUUCAAAAAGAACGAGGCGCGAAACUACUGAUCCUUGGUCCUUCUGAAACGGGAAAGACGACGGUGCUUAAGCAGCUUAAAUUGCUGUACGGUCGCAAGGGUCUGGAUGCGGAACGCCAGACGUACAGGAGGGUAGUGCACUUGAAUACGAUGAAGGCCAUCCAGGCACUCUCAUACGGCCUCCAACGGACCAACAUUCCACUGGAGCAUGCCGAAAACAUUGCUCAUCUGGAGACGGUGAUGCGACUGGAGACCACAUUGAAGCGCUACUCGAUCACGUCCAUAGGCUUCACCAACCCGGCGAUCCCUCGCAAGAUCACAGAUGCGAAGGCUGAGACGGAUAUGUUUUUGGAGAUGGUGCCCGCGAUCAAGGCAUUGUGGGCCGACGGCGGAAUUCAGGAGACUUACAGAACUGUCACGAAUCUUAAUCUUCAGGAUUCAGCAAAAUAUUUCUUGGAUUCUGUAGAUCGGAUUGCAGAUCUGAACUAUGUGCCUACGGACGACGACAUUUUGCAGGCGCGCGUCAGGACGCUGGCUGUUUCUGAACAUCUUUUCAACAUUGAUGGGGUUACAUACAAGAUCUUCGAUGUGGGCGGUCAAAAAUCAUUACGAAAAUAUUGGGCACCGUACUUUGAUGACGUCAACGCUAUCAUCUUCAUGGUGGCCUUGUCUGCAUACGAUCAGCCGUGCGAGGACGAUGAGCGUCUGAACCGGUUAGAGGAGUGUAUGUCGCUGUUCAACUCGAUUGCGAACCACAAGCUGUUCGAGAUGACUUCAUUUUUGUUGUUCCUGAACAAGAUUGAUAUCUUUCAACAAAAACUCGAUGCCGGAUCGUUGGUCAGCACAUAUUUCCCAGACUAUCGGGGACCAAAUGACUAUAUGAACACGACCUUGUACUUCCAGCAGCGGUUCCUGCAACAGUGCAAGGAUACGGCCAAGCAGGUCUAUACCCAUUUCACACAUGCAACCGAUACGAAUCAGAUGAGAGUCAUCGUCGUGGCUGUGAACGCAAUCGUCCAGCGCUUGAAUCUCCGAAGCUCUGGACUCUUGUAGAGGACCGGUACCACUCAAAAACGACUGGAACCUAUCGGAUCAACCAGCCAAUUGACGAACCAGCAAAAGCAAUCGGACACACAAAAAACAAAAGAAGGCAAC